AUGGGUCACGAGGAUUUACUUCCGAAAUCUUUUAACUCCAAAAUCGUCUGAAAGCUCACGCUCAACGCUACCAUCGGUUCCUUCCUUUUCGGCUACAAUAUCGGUGUUUUUAACUCAAAUCAAGAAAAUAUCGCCGCAACAUUAGGCUGAGGGGACAACAAAGACCUUUACAUUUCCACCAUGGCGGCCACUCUUCCACUAGGUGGCUUAGUAGGCUCUUUAUAUGCAGGGUCUUUAGCAAAUAAAGUAGGCUGCCGUAAAGCCCUGAUGAUUACUGACUUCAUAAACAUCUGUGGAAGCCUUUUUUUUCUAAUCCCAUACACAGCUACAUUUGGUAUUGGAAGACUUGUGACAGGAUACUCUUCUGGAUCUUUUAGCACUUUAUGUCCUUUGUAUAUAGGAGAAAUUUCUCCUCCAGAGGUAAUGGGAACUAUGGGGAGUUUGACAGCUCUGAUUAUAGCUUUAGGUGUCUUGGUAGCAUUUAUCUUGGCACUUCCCCUUCCUACUGGAGACUAUAACUCAGACGUCUUCAAUUACUGGUGGAUGUUUAUGUUCGUUUUUCAAGCCUUUUUUGCAUUAACUCAGCUAUUUAUAUUAUGGAAGGUGUAUAGGCUGGAUACGCCUAUACGGUAUUUACAUAAAGAUAUAGAAGAAAAAGCCUUAGAAAGUCUGCAGCAGGUUUAUACAGAAGAAGAGGCUAAUAAAACAUUAGAAAAAUUGAAAUUCAGCAGAAAUGAUAGAAGCACAUUAAGCGAAAUGGAUAGUGUAGAGACAGCAGGAAAAGACCAGAACUUAAAAAAUGAUGAAGAUUUUACGUAUUCUGAACUGAUUUGUUGUGUAAAGCCGAUAAGAAAGAAAAUCAGGCUUGGGAUUGCUAUAAGCUUUUUACAAGUUGCUGGAGGAGUAGAUGCGCUUUUUACGUAUACAGCCAAAAUUUUUAGGGAGCUUGGAGGAGGGGUAUUUGAGUCUAGAAUUUAUACAGCGGUAUUUGGAUUAGCCAAUCUUGCGUCUGUUGUAGUUGUGAUUUAUAUUGUAUACAUUUAUUUAUAAAUUAGGCUUAAAAUAUUGCUGUAUAAAUUAGUUAAUAUUUAUAUAGGAAAGCAUAGAAAAACUUAAAAGAAGAACUCUUUUAAUUUUCGGCAAUGCAGGAAUGGGUAUUGCUAUGGCCUUUCUAGGCAUUUUUGCCUCAAUUCUUUCAGAUGCAGGACCAAUCCCUCCUUUAUUUUUUAUACCCUUUUAUAUCAAUAGAAAUUUUGGAACUAUUUAUAGAUUAUUCUAUUAACUAUAUAAAAUAGAAAAAGGUAAAUAGUGCCAAAUUUUUUAUUCAUAUAAGCGAGAAUAUGUUUUUAUAUGUAUUUGCAUUCAGCAAUGGCAUCGGUACAAUUACUUAUGUUUAUUGUGGGGAGAUUUUGACUUCUCGAGCUAUGAGCAUUUGCAUGGCGAUUAAUUGAUUCAUGAUAGCUUUUGUUAUCUUUACUUUUCCUCAUAUGGUCGCAUUAAUGACUAUAGGGGUUUCUUUUUGGGUGUUUGGAGUUGUUUGUGGUAUUGGGAUUCUAUAUUUCCUUAUAGAGUUUGUAGAGACAAAAGGGCUGGAUGCGGAGCAGAUAAAGGCGGCGUUUGAUAAAUACAAAUAA